AUGAUCAAUGUAACAGUAAAGACGUUGGAUUCACAAAACCAUGAAUUUUCUGUUGAAGAUGCUAUAACAGUGGAGCAAUUUAAACGGGAAAUUGAGAGCGUAGUUAAUAUUGCAGCAGACAGACAACGCAUUAUUUAUUGUGGUAGAGUUUUGCAAGACACUUCUAAAUUAAAAGAUUAUGAUGUAGAUGGUAAAGUAGUUCAUCUAGUUCAGAGAGCCCCUCCAUCAGCAGCAAAUAGACAUGGACGUUCUGUCACACCUCCGCCAGAUUUUAAUAGGUCUCAAGGUCCUUUCCGAGCUUUUGAUAGAAUAGGAAAUACUGUAUAUAUGGGGAUGGGCUCCAUGACUUUUCCGCAAGGCCACAUUAUAGAUCCUCAACAGAUGAUUCCACCAAGAGCUACUCACACGCUUAUCGCGAGCAGAUUGAAUGUCGCUCGAAGAAUGCUUCGUAAUGCAGAAAAUAUAAUUCGAAGACUAGAGAAUCCCACUUCUUCUACUGAACAGGCUCCUGAGGAACAACCAGAAGAAGAAAUGACACCUGUUAUAGAAGCUAGAGUUAUUGUUCCUACGAAUGGGGAUCAGCCAAUAGAUGAAACUGUUAUUGCAAAUGCUGUAGAAAACACAAUUUUUUCUGAAGGAGUUAGUAACAGUCAAGCUACAACUUCAAAUAAUACCACAUCAAAUGAAAAUAAUGAAGCAUCUAGUGAACAGCAGUCUUCUACCUCCGUACCAGAUGCUUCAGCACCAAGGCCAUCAAGUGCUGAGACUUCAAAUUCUGAAAACAAUACAGAUUCAUCCCAGCAACAAAAUGAGAAUACUGCAAGGCGAAGUAGGGCACCGGAAAUGGCUGAACUUUUGACUACACUUAACCAGUUACAAGUUCGGUUCGCACCAUUCUUAGCCAGAUAUCAAGCAUUUAUGCAAGAAGAUCCUCAAGUACCACAAGAGAAUGUUCAACAAACCCAUGAAAUGUUAAACAGAGUGUCUCAAGUUCUACACUUGUUAGGUCAUGCUUACCAUAGCCUUAGCGAUAUUAUGAUCAAUGUUGAACAACCUCCGCCAAGAUUACUGUAUUGCCGGCCGAUCUUAAUUCAGCAUUCUGCCGUUGUUCAAGCUGGGAUUCCCAUACAAGUCGAAGCACAGAUUAACCUUUCUGCUGACAGGGCAGGUGUGUCAUCGACCACGCCCGCUUCAAACGCCACCAGUGGAGCUACCGCAGGUGCUACAAACACUAACUCAGCACCUAACGCAACCGCUAGCACUGGUUCUACCACUGGCUUGCUUAGUGGGCCAAGCAUUACUGUACAACCGGGCUUUGUAGAAGUCCCUUUUAUGCCACCCGGUUCGAUGCGCGUCAUCACAGCGCCUCUAGAGAUUCGCACGGUACGCGCCAGGUCUCGACCGCCCAACAACAACAACAACCAAACCCCCAACGCCACCACCGCCAACUCCGCUCCUUCGUCGACCGUGCCCAACCCAACGCCACCCGCGUCUCAAGCUCCGCCACCUGCCCCUCCGACCAAUCAGCCGGGCCAGACGCCCCAAACGGGGCCCAUGCAGGGAAAUCCAUUCGGGCCCAACAACGGCAACUUGGAGUUCUUCAUGGAGGUCACGCCCGAAGGUAUAACAAUUGAUUCUUUGGAAACAGCGCUGGCAAGCUCUAACCAAGCUGCCAACGAGUUUUUGCGAAGUGGAAAUUUGAUACAUUCACUGAUGCAGUUGGUGGGUAGUCAGUUGGGAGGUGGUUUGGGUCAAGCAGCUCAAGCUGCCCAAUCCCAAGGUCAACCAACAAGUACGACGACGACUGAUUCGUCUCAGGCGAGUCAAGGAGCUAACGGCCAAGCGCCUAAUAAUUCCCAAUCGCAGGCACGUGGUAAUACGCAAACCAAUCCUACCACCGCUACUCAUACAAGAUCCACCCCUCGACCUCACGUGCAGAUGACGCAGCAAGCAGUGCAAGGUGGUUUUGAUCCGUUCUUGCCUUGCUAUUCGCAUCAUGUUACACAUGCGAGGGGACAAAGGAUUAUUCCGAUGAACCAGGCAAACCGUGCCGAAUCUGCAGCAUCCAGAGACGCGGCAUCAGCUCAAACUUCGUCCACUUCGACUCAGACCAAUCAACAAAGAAAUAGUAACGCUCCACCGAAUCUAGCAAAUUUAGCUGCCCAAUUCGAGAACGUGGUGCGGGGAUUCCCCGCUCCGUUUGCGCAGAUACCGAAUUUUAUGGAGCAGAAUCCUCAGAUGUUUCAAUCGAUAGCUGAGGUGUUAUCAAACGUGAUGAGAACAGACAUGCACCAGCAGGCGGCGCCCCAAACUCCGCCCCAAAGGGGAGCGCCCGAUGGCCAGGGGGCUCCGUCUCCUCAACCCGGAACCAGAAAUCCAAUUAAUGUACGUGCCGGAUUGUUGAGCGGCUUGUUUGCCAGAAAUAACGGUGAGGAGCCUACCUUGGACCAUUAUAUGCAGUCUCUUUAUCCUAAUUCCUACGUCCAAGGAGAAAAUACAGUGAGCGAUUUUAUUAUGUUGAUGCUUCGUAAUUUAAGAGUGGCAACUGAUCUUAGUAUGCUUUCAAAUGGCAACAUGGCACCUUUGGAGCGACAAGCGGAUGCGGUGAGGCGGUUCUUCACCACCGAAAUUUGUGGAAACGACACGAGCGAUAUCGGAAUUGAACACGCCACAGAGAGAAUGGCUAGCGAUUUUAGAUCAGUGAUAGCUGCUUUGGAUGUGGUACGAUUUAGAGACGAUAUAGAUUCGACAAGAACUUUGGAAAACUUCUUUAGACAAAAAUUAUCGACCCUAAUUCGAGUGGCAGUCAAUUCUGGAACUCAAUCUGAUGGCCAAAACAAUGCUAACAGAGGUACUUUUGUAACGGUUGUGUGGAGAGCCGUAAAAGAAUUGCUUGCAUUAGUUCUACAUUGCAGCCUAAAUGGGCAACAAGGCGUUGAAGAAGCGACUGAAGUGUAUUUGGCCAACGUUAAUCCGGCACUUUGGGAAUUUGUUAGCGGCGCCAGAACCGAACUUUUAUCUGCUAUAAGGAAUAUGAUCCGUACUUCAGAUGUGAGGGCCGGAGAUAUUCAACAAUAUGUGAUAAGGAAAACGCAAGAACCAGUUAAUAGUAGGACUCUAGUGAACGAAACAGCGGCCAUGCCAAGAAGUCACGACGUUGAGGAAUGGGUUCCUAUAAUAACUAGAGAUGUUCCGAGACAAAGGAGACAGAAUUCACAGGCACCUUUUAGCGACGCAUAUUUAGCUGGAAUGCCCAGCAAAAGGCGAAAAUUGAUCAACCAACCGAAAAUAGAAGGAAACUUUUCACAGGUCAUAUCUGAGACAGUUAGAGAGGCUGUGACAGCCACGGGACUGACGUCAGCGGCUCCCUUGGACACAGUAGCGGAAGCUGCCGGCCAGUCAGUGGAAAUCCAAACGGCUUUUAGCUCGUUGCUACGCUCCACCGUCCACGCCAACCUUAGAGAUAACGAAGACUUCACGCCUGAUCGGUUUCCCAAUACCGCAAACUACUUUAACGGGACUCCCCCCGAAUGAUUCUAGUGUGGCUUCGUUCUAGGUACCUUUACUUUAUUAGAUAUUUAUAAAUAAAGAAAAUAAAAUUUUAUCUCAAUCAAGUGAAUAUAUCACGUGUUUUAUGUUAGGGGACUGUGAGUUUUACAUCUUUUUUGUGAUCAAUCAAUUGUCUAGCUGUAUCUGUUUUAAAUAUCAAACGAUCGAAAAAAACGUCACAGACGGCUGAGUAACAAUCAUUGAUGAUUUUGCCGUGGUCAAGCCCUAGACGUCACUUACUUGGCUUGUACUCUUUUUUAUUUUUAAUGGCGCUUAGUACCAGUUAGACUUAAGAGUUAAGGAGCUAUUUGGUUUUAUAUUUAGUAAAUAUGAUUUUUAAAUGGUGUAAGUUUUAUGUAAAUUUUUAGUAAAUGGUAUCUAGAGAUUGACCUCGCCAAAAUUAUCAUCCAUUGUCAUUCCCCAGCCGUCUUCGACGCUUUUUUUUCGAUCAUACGAUAUAUUGAAGUAUGAAGAGGGGCUUGAUACUUUUUUAACUGGAGACGGAUGAAUAUUGGAAUAAUUAACUAUUUAUAUAAUUAUACACUGACAUAAACUUAUUCCAAAUAAAGACAUUUAAAAUAUGAUUUUUUCUUAGGA